UUGGGGAAGGGAAGUUUUUGAAUUUUCGAGGGAGGAGUAUUGGAGCACCGAAAGUUAAGAGGUCUGGUUAUGGUUAGGCAUAGUUUUUGUGUUUGUGGGUGUCACAAAUCGAGGAGAGAUUCGCAGUUGAAUUGCAAAUGGAAAUGGCAAGGUGUGGUCAUGGAGGUUUUGUGCUCUGAUCUUUGAUCAGAGACAUUUAUUAUGUUUUCAGAAAAUCUGAAGAGGGCGCUUUCACAGACAUCUUUCGGCGGGUGGCGGGAGCAUUGCGCUGAGUUAGUUUUGCCUGUGGGAGGCGCAGAGGAGACGGAGAUUCAUCCGCCUAGGGUUUUUAAUUUCGCUUCUUUUUUUUUCCGACCACUUUAGCGCAGAGUUCAUGCAGAUCAGCUUUCAAUUUUGGGGCGUGGAUUGAAUGUCAAGGAUUUUUUGGUCAGGGUUUGGCUCAUAUCUGGUGCAUGCGGAUUUCCACGUUUUUCUUUGGUGAGAUUUUCAGUUCGAAUCGUUCUUUCAAUUAUUUAGGUAUUCUUAUGCUUCGUUCCUGUCAAUUGUGAAUUUUUUGUUGAAAACCUAAAUUUUAGUUGCGGACGAGGGCAUGUUGUGAAAUACUGCGUGGGGAUGGUUAGGUGGUGUGAUGAGAGUCUGUGAGAGACAGUAAAGGUUAGAGAGUAAACAUUAGACAGUAGGCUGGUUAAGCGAAUUGGGUCGUCAUAAGUAGGAAGAUAUUAAUUGGCAAUGGAAUGUAAUAAGGAUGAGGCGGAAAGGGCUAAAGAGAUUGCAGAGAAGAAGUUUGGAGAAAAAGACCUUAUGGGUGCUCAAAAUUUUGCUCUCAAGGCACACCUUUUGUACCCCGAGUUGGAUGGGCUAGCCCAGACGAUGGCUGCUUUGGAGGUCCACAUUGCUGCGGAGAAUACAGUCAAUGGGGACAUGGAUUGGUAUGGGAUACUUGAUGUUAAUCAAUUUGAUGAUGCAGCCUCUCUGAGAAAGCAGUACAGAAGAUUGGCUUUGCUCCUUCAUCCGGAUAAGAAUAAGUCUGUUGGGGCAGAUGGUGCUUUCAGGCUUUUGCAUGAGGCGUGGAGCGUACUCUCAGACAGAGUGAAGAGACUUUCCUAUGAUGAGAAAAGAAAAAGGUUUCAGCAGAGGUUUUGGCAACCACAGAAACCAGCGUCUGAUGGUAAUGCUUGGAGCUUUAACAAUGGGUUCUACAAUUUUAAUGGUUUCACUCGUUGCACUACACAAACGACUGCUUCCACACAUUUUCCUGUUUCUCCUAUGCCUUGGUCAACUCCACCUGCCACAUUUUGGACUGCCUGUCAUUCUUGCAAGAUGCAAUUUGAGUAUCAACGAAUGUAUGAAAACAAGAAUCUGUGGUGCCCAAAUUGCAGGAAGACUUUUUGUUCAGCCACAUUUAGGACUGCCUGUACUUUUUGCAAGAAGCACUAUGAGUAUCACCGAGUGCAUGAAAAUAAGAAUCUGUGGUGCCCAAAUUGCAUGAAGGUUUUUUGUUCAGCCACAUUUUGGACUGCUUGUCCUUGUUGCAAGAUGCAACAUGAGAAUCACCGAGUGUAUGAGAAUCAGAAUCUGGUGUGCUCAAAUUGCAACAAGACUUUUUGUGCUGUAGAGACAACAGUAAACAACACGAGGGAAUCCACUUCUUCUGGCUUCCAGUGGUCUUCUAGCCAAGAGCAGCAAGAUUAUACAAACCACUCUGCUUAUAAUAUAUGGGGUUGUUAAUGCUAAAACGCAUGUCACUGUAUAAUUUAACCCAUCGAAGCAUCGCUUCUCUUUUCUAAAAUUGAUCUUUGGCAACUCGCUAAGUGGGUAACGUUGACAACAAAAUUCGAUCUUAUGUUUGUCUCCUAAAAGACAAUUAACGCUCAAGCAGUGAACUUAUCACUUAGCCAAAUGCUCUUCUAAAUAAAUACUCAUUCCCCAAUGACCAUGUCCUUCCCUUGGACCUUGAUCAGAAGUGGGAUUUGUUCUUUCAUGAUUCCAGAUGUCAAAUUGGUAGUUCUA